GGACCGUACGAGGAGCGACCGACGGCUCAGGACGCCCGUAUCGUGUCGAAAGAAACCCCAUUUCUCUCUCUCUCUCUCCCGCACUGAUCGCCUGCCGCCGCCGCCGGGAAGAAGAGCUCCGACUCGAAACCCCCCAAAACCCUACCGCGCCUCCUCCCGUCCUCGCCGUCGCCCCCCUCGCUCCUCCGGAACGAUGCCGCUGGGGCUGAUACUGAGCUCGAUCGGGAGGUCGAUGCGGCGGAAGCGGACGUCCUCGCUCAACAUCCUCUCCUCCAAGAGGGCGCCCCGGGAUUACUACAAGGGCAAGAACUGCAAGCCCACCGGGUUCCACACCCGCAAAGGUGGCUAUGUGAUGGUGGAUGCAAAGUUACCAAGAUUCGUGGUCCCUGACUUGACUGAUUUUAAGUUGAAGCCAUAUGUAUCACAAUGUGCCAGGGACGAACUCGGAGCCUCCUCAACUGAAAACAAGAACUGAUAUGUUUCUAGAUGCUCUAGUUGUUACUUGUUUUACAAGAAUGCAAUGCAUCUUUGCAAUUAUGUUUUCUUACGGUGCCCAUGUUCAGAGAAUCUAACCUCGUCAAGAUUGCUACGUGUGGACUAGUCGUAAUAACAAACUUUGUGCCUCAGCAUAAAUUCGUUUUUUCUUACCAA